AUGAAAUUCCUAGUCUUCCUCGCCGCCGUCGCGCUGGCCAGCGCCGAUGUUGCUCCGUCAUACGCUAGAACCGACGAGGCCAACGCUCCGAUUCUCCGUUCGGACUACGAAAUCAAUCCCGACGGUUCAUUCCAAUACGCUUAUGAAACCGGGAAUAGCAUCGCUGCCGACGCUCAGGGCACUAUUAAGAACCCCAACUCCGAAGCUGCCAGCCUUGACGUCAAGGGAUCUUUCCGUUGGACCGCCCCCGACGGUAGCCCCGUCUCGCUUGUCUACAAAGCCGACGAGAACGGUUACGUUGCCCAGGGUGACUCCAUCCCCGUGGCCCCACCAGUACCUGAGCUGAUCCUCCGUGGCUUGCAAUACAUCGCGGACCACCCCCCACCAGUUGAAUACACCAAGAGGACUCAAGCC